UUUGCAUCUAAUUUAAAUAGUCAUGUGCUAGUAAAGUUACAGCGCAGCACCGUUGAUUCAGAUAUUGAUCGAUCCAUUGAUGAUUGUCGUCAGCUGAUUCAUAAACCUUUCCCACAGUUUCUUGUGUUGUUUUCAAUUGUAGAAAGUUGUGAUAGCACGCAUCUGCGAAACCCAACAAGGCGGAGCGGAAUCAAUCCAUGGAUUUAUCUGAAUUGUGGGGAAUAUUCGGGCCAGGCGUUGCCGGCGCCGUUUUUGGAGCCGGCUGGUGGUUUUGGGUCGACGCUGUCGUUUGCAGUUCUGUUAAAAUCUCGUUUCUCCACUAUCUUCCUGGAAUAUUUGCAUCUUUGGCUGCUUUGAUGUUUAAUUGUGUUAGAAGAGAGGACAUCGACUACUCCCCCUAUGAAGAGGGCGAAUGGAGGUUGAAGCUUUGGCUUUUCUUGGCCUAUGUGGUAUCCUUUGUCUCGUUGGCAGCAUCAGUAGGGUUGUUGAUACAGGAUGCACUCGUGCCAGAAGGCCCUUCAGCUUGGGCCGGAACUGCUGGUGUUUUGCAGUGUGUGCUUGUGUUAAUCAGCGGGCUUGUUUAUUGGACAUCUCACUCGGAGUAAGAGGAGCCAAGAGUUGGAAUGAUUUGUGGUUUUCAUCAUCAUAUUGUUAAAUUGCACCUGUAUAUGUUCCAUGUUCAUGAUCCACCUAUGGGGAUUUGGAGUCGGAUUGGAAUAGAAUUCACUGAAUCAUUUUUUAACUCAUCGUGUAUGAUCUUUUUGAUUACCGUUUUAUCUUUGUGAAUGUGAUCGUACCCUCUCGGAUUUGGUGUAUCAUGAUUUUGUAUAUGAAAUCAAUCGAGAUUUACU